CGUGCCCGGGCGCCGGGCGCUGGGCGACCAGGAACGCGUGAGCCGGGCUCUGGGGGCGUCACUGCGGCCAGCGGGACCCCGCGCCCCGGGCUGGAAACUUCCACUGGAGCCCAGCCUGGGUUCUGCGCAGGGCCCGGAGGCGAAAGAAACGACAAGAUAUGUGUGGGGCCAGAUCUGUAACAGCAACUCAAAUGACUUAAAUAGUUAUGGGGCUCUUAGUUUUUCAAGAUCCUUAUAUCCCAAAGCCUUCAGCACAACUUCUGUGUUCAAGAUUUCUUUGAUUUUGUGAAGACUGAGCAGAAGUCUGAGGAUGGAAAGCUAGAAAGCUUGAUAUUUUGCUUCAGUUGCAUCCAGCAUCAUCUGAAAAACAAACCAGAGAAUAAGCUAGCCAUGGGAGGAAAUUCAAGUUUAUGGAAGAACCUGAUAGACGAGCAUCCAGUCUGCACCGGCUGGAAGCAAGAAGCUGAAGGAGCCAUUUAUCACCUGGCCAGUAUUUUAUUUGUAGUAGGUUUCAUGGGUGGCAGUGGAUUCUACGGGCUCCUUUAUGUCUUCAGUUUGUUGGGGUUGGGUUUUCUCUGUUCCGCUGUCUGGGCUUGGGUAGAUGUCUGUGCAGCUGACAUCUUUUCCUGGAAUUUUAUACUGUUUGUCAUCUGCUUCAUGAAAUUUGUCCAUAUUGCUUAUCAAGUUCGCAGCAUAACCUUUGCCCGAGAAUUCCAGCUGUUGUACAGCUCCAUUUUCCAGCCUCUCGGGACUUCUAUGCCCAUCUUCAGAAUCAUUGCUUUGAGCUCUGAAGUGGUGACUUUGGAAAAGGAGCACUGUUAUGCCAUGCAGGGGAAAACCUCCAUUGAUAAACUCUCCUUGCUUGUUUCAGGAAGGAUGCGAGUGACAGUUGAUGGAGAAUUUCUGCAUUACAUUUUCCCCUUCCAGUUCCUGGAUUCUCCUGAAUGGGAUUCCCUGAGGCCCACUGAAGAAGGUACUUUUCAGGUCACCCUCACAGCAGAAACUGAUUGUCGAUAUGUGUCUUGGAGAAGAAAAAAAUUGUAUUUACUCUUUGCUCAGUAUCGUUACAUCUCCCGGUUGUUUUCAGUUUUAAUUGGCAAUGACAUUGCAGAUAAACUCUAUGCCUUGAAUGACAGGGUAUAUAUUGGGAAAAGAUGCCAUUAUGAUAUACGACUACCCAACUUCUAUCAAAUGUCAAGUUCAGAAAUGUCCAAAUCGCCUGACUAAAUACUUUCAGAAUUCCAAACAAUUCUGUAAUGAAUGUCAUACCAGUCUAAAAUUUUAUAAUCAUAUUUUUAAAAAUAUGUUAUCAUUCCCCAAAGCAAAGAGCAAUAUCCAGAAAACUGUGCUCACUAAUAUUUUUUAUAAAUCAACUUAUAGGUAAAAUGCCAUUUUCUGCUGCUUUACUUAUCUCAACUUGAGCGUUGCAUAUACAUUUUACCAAAUUGUAUUGCAUUUAUAUUGGAAUAAGUGGAGGUAGGAUGAAUAACUACAGCAACUGGCUCUUUUCUGUAUCAGAACUGGGAGAAUGAACUGUUGCAUUCUCUAAAAUUUUCUCAGAUUUAUUCAAAUCUGUUGUCGCGUGUCCUAUGCAGUUUGGAGUUGUGUCUCAAGAAGCAGUUGGCAAGUGGGUCACUGCUGUCCACAUUGACAUUUCCAAAAUUCACUUUUUCUACAACUUCUGGUGAAAGAAAGCUGUAUUAUUGUGAUAUGCAGCAAAUAUUUAUUUUAAAUGUGAAGUUACUUAAUACUACUAUAAAGUAGAAUAAAUGUGAGAUGAUCACAUGUCGAUCUUAAA